AUGGAUAUCGAUGAAGAUGAUGAUUUUUAUGCGCCGGAGGAGAGUGUGCCACUUUCAUCAAAUGAUGCCAAUCCAGCAGAAACUGCGCAGCAUGAAGUCAGAUCCGAACAGCAGGAGGAAGAUUUAGAGGAAGGCGAGGAGGAAGAUGAGGGAGAAGAUAGUGAUUCGGACAUAGAUAUUAUAACAGAAAAGAAAGAUGGCGCUCCACCACCCUCAAAACCUAAAGGCGCAAACUACGAUAAUCUUCCAAAUGAUCUUCCGAGUCACACAAAAUCUACGGCUGAAGCAGAUGCGAAAGCUCCCGCAGUGAAAACUGAGAAACCAAAGAAAGCCUCCGAGACUCAAGCAAUAUCUGGUGCAGAAUUACCUGGUUUGGCAAUAUCGAAAAUCGAUGUAAAUGCAAAGCCCAUGUAUGAGCCAGCCGGAAAACCAAUUACACAAAUCAAUAUUGAUGAAGACCUCAAUGAAAAUGACAAACCUUGGAGAAGGCCCGGCACAGACAUAUCGGAUUAUUUCAACUACGGUUUUGACGAGUUUACCUGGGCUCUCUACGCCAACAAACAAGAAUCAUUGCGCUCGGAAUUUGACCCCAAUAAAAUCGCACAGAAUAACAAGAAGAUGUUUGAGGAUAUGAAUAUGAUGAUGGCAAUGGGUGGAAUGCCCGGUAUGCCAGCUGGAGGCGGAAUGCCUGGGAUGGAGGGAAUGACACCAGAAAUGAUGCAACAAAUGCAACAAAUGAUGGCGGCAAGUGGGAUGGAUCCUAGUCAGAUGGACCCCUCAAUGUUUGGGGGCGCGAAUCCAGCAGGUGGGGCGGGUGGUUUUGGAGGUCAAUUUGGUGGUGGAGGUUUUGAUCAAAAUAUGAUGGCGUCAGGCGGCGAAAGUAGUAAUCGUGGAGGAGGCUUUGGAAGAGGCAGAGGCAGAAGGGGAAGAGGAAAUUGGUAG